GUGCAGUCAUUGGCCACGAAGUUGCGCGGCAGCUUCUUUGACGAGCAGGCCGGCGGGAAAUUCAAAGUCUUCGAAAAGUUUUUGAAAAGUUCUGCAAAGUUUAGCACAGACCCCCCGUUAUGGUUGUAAGGAAGGAGCAAUCAAGCAGGGUUGGGAGGAGGUGGGCCGGCCGCGCCUUUUGUUGGUUCUCCAGUCCACGCCCACCCGGCCUAUUUACCCGCGGCCAUAUCUAUGCUGGCCCGCCGUUUUUGCGUCUCCCCCCGGCGCUUGCGUUUUUUUUUCGGCGUUCGCGCCGGGGGCAGAAGGCGCGGGCGCGGCAGACUCAUUGGCAGCCCCAGUUGGUUUUGGUUUUCUUGCGUGCGCGCGCCGCCCUCUUUGCCCGUCGCCCCGCCCCGCCGGAAUGUUGGCAGGCUGGCUAUCUCGCAGGCCAUGGCAUGUUCAAAU